AUGUCAAAGCACUAUCCCCCCCAAUCUCUCGACUAUUUGCGAUCAAGCCCAGUGAGAGGUCAGCUCGAGCCCCAUGAUCCAAAAACUACAAGGGGCUGGAGAUACAUCCAAACGACAGAUACCCUCAAUGAACUCAAAGUUCUUCUUCCCCCGGCGACAGCCUCCAUGUAUGAGCAGCUCUUGAAGUUUGAAAAUUACGAAUUAUCCAAAAAGUCAGCCGUCUCUUGGGAACGCAUUCUGGAAAUUCGCCAUUUAAAGGAUCGCAUGAUACGGAAGUGUCAGAAACUCUCAAAGGCUAUUCCUCCAACCACCAGGAACCUGCCGAGAGGCGAAACGUUUGCCUUCCAAACUUUCAUUGCGCCAUCGGACUUUCGUGUCAAGGAGAUGGAAAAGUGGUUUCGAGAGCAGCAGAAGCGCCCUGUCACACUCUCCCGGCGACCAUCUGCGCCAGUCUAUAGCACUACUGCCGCCCUGGGUUCUGCCUAUUGUUCUAGCCACUGUGCUGCGGCAGGAUUUUCCUGCCCUCAUCAUUCCCAACAUCCCUCGCCACAUCAGAUCCAUCGUUCCGCAACUACUUCCGGCGCUCUUGGAAAACAGCGGUCCUCUCCGCUUGUUAAAUCUAUGGCGACACAUCAGUCGCGCCUAAUCCAACCCGAGAGAAUCGCUUCUUCAUCUGACAACAAACCUCUGGUUGCGUCUUUGACGCCUGCCACGGCCUUGAUUGGCUCGCCCCCACCUCUCCCGGUUUUGCUUCUUGGACAUCGAGAAGAAUACGGAUUGGAACUCCCUCUUAUUCAGAUGGUGGAAUCUCCACCAUCCGAACCUCUCAACAGCUGGACUCAAGAACAGGACUCUCCGCCUAAUCCUGCACCCGAGUCCAGCUCUACAUGCCAGCUUCGUCAUAGACGAAGCUGCAUAAAGCGGGCAAGCAUCGGUGAUCUGGUCAAAACUGUCUCUUGGGCAGACAACCAGGAACUGGAUCAACAAGUUUCGAAAUACGCAUCAGCCGCUCGUUCAGCUCAAGCAUCCGGUAAAUGGGGUGAAGUGCGCACACUAUAUUUAGAACAGAUCACCAGUCUCGAGAACCUUCAUAUCCAAGUCAAGGAAGGUUUGGAACAUUUACGUUCGGAAACUGACCAUCUUCAGCGUAUCGAUGAAAGCAUUCGUCGUCAGAGGGAAGCCCUUGACGCCACAUUUCAAGAGCUUGAGCAGAAACAUACCCAAUUUGAAGAAAAGGUUCAAGAAGCAUUGAUGGAAGCCGAUUACGUACUAAACGCCUCUGGGGUUCGGAAACCUGAACUCCCAGUUAUUAACGAAGCUUAA